AUGAAAAUAAGGAAAACAAGUGAAUUCAUACAUUUAAUUACUAUGAUAUUAUCAAUAUUCAUUUCAAUAAGUUCAUGUUCUUCUUCUUCGCAUUCCAAUUCUCAUUCCCAUUCCACUUCCAUGUCAAUCUCCUCCCUGGCUUCAACAUUACCAAUUAUACAUAUUAAAGACAAUAUAGAUGAAUUAACUUAUUUUGAUUUAACAUCAAUCACCACUAACACAGUAUAUAAGAUAAAUAAUGACCAAGCAUUAGUAUAUGAAAACAAUCAAUGGAUACAUGUACAAACCACAUCAACACCAAUCAUCCAUUCUAAAUUCAUACCAAUUUCCCAUUGUUUGAAUCAAAAAUGGGGUGAUGGAGGUGCAAUUGAUUUUCAAACCACAACAAUAUAUACCAUGAUUAACACAUUUGAUUUAGCAUUGACUUUAAGUAUAAUAUUUUAUUAUGAAAAAUUGACUCAUUCUUGGGAAUUUAGUAAAGUUUUAACAUUAAGAGAUAUAUAUUAUUGUAGUGUUGCACCAGGAGAAAUUGGACAAAUUUGGAUUGAUUUACAAUAUCAUGAAUUUAAAAGUAUUAAAUAUCGAAUAUUAGAAAAUUUUCCAAAAUUUACUAUACACAACAGAGAAGAAUCAAAUAAUAAUAAAGUUAUAUCUAGCAAGAACAGAAAGAAGAAAUUUUUACUGAAGAAGAAGUUAAAAUUUGGUAAAUGGAAAGAAAUUAGUAAAAUGUUUUUGUUGAAUGGGAAAAAACUGCCAAUUAUUAGUUGUAUAACAACUAACGAUAAUAAAGACAAACAAUUGGAUUGUGAAGGUAAAUCAUUAUUAAAACUUAAAGAAUUUAAAAUGUUUUGA